AGUGUCAUAGAUCACAUCGAUAUAUCGAACUUGAACUAGUAUAUAUUUUGGUGUUGAUUUCUUUAUUUUCUACAAGUUACUGUUUUCUAGUUUUGUUUACUCUGUUUUUCCCAAUUUUUCCUCGAUCUAUGUUUAAUGUUUAUAAAUCUUGUCAUUGUUAAUUCUUUAAUUGUUUUGAUUCUGCAUCAUCAGUCUUAAUUUUCCUACAUUUGUAAAAGAAUAUCUCCCUUAUUUUGGAAUUGUAAUUUCCCUCAUAUUAUUAGAUUUUAUAAUUUUAUUGUCCAUUAAUACGACUAAGUAGACCCUUGCUCACAAUGUAUAUGUUAUGUUGGAGUUAUACAUCCCCAAAAAUAUUAUUUGUAAUUACUGCGAAUCAUAAUCUUCAUUUCCAUCUAGAACGCUUAUUUUUUUUUAAAAAAAAAAAAAGAAAAAAAAGAAAAGGUAAACACUUAUCGGAGUGAAGAGUGACACCCUACUGCUUCUUCUCACUCUCUCUCGCUUGCAGUUGCAGUUGCAGUCGCCAUAACCAAAUGUUCCUGCCUCCACCUAUUCAGACCACCAACCUUUGUGGUUCGCCUCUUCCUCUUCUCUAAAUCUCAUCACUCGACUCCAUUCUCCGUCCACGGCAUCCCAUCUCUCUCUCUCUCUCUCUCUCUUGAAUUCACUGCCAUCAGCCAGCUGCUAUAAGGUUUCUCUUCGAGCAUGUAUUGUAGUAGUUUCAGUCAUACUUGUGCUUUAAUUGAGACUGUAGCGACUGCUUCGAGUCAUAGAGAGUCAUUUAAAGGAAGAAACUUUGCAAAUUUAAAGGUUUGCACAUAUGGGGACUUGGAAAACAGAUUGACAUUGAAGAGGAAACAAAUGGUUUUAUGUGGAUUUGUUAUGAAAAUCUCCAAAGAAGGGGAGGAACUGGCCAAGGAGAAGAAUAUAGUUGUGAAUUCUUCAGAAGAGGUUAUAAGGGUUCUUAAGUCUACAAUGGACCCUGAUUCUGCUUUUUCAUAUUUUAUGGCUGUUGCUGGUUUACCAUAUGUUGUUCACACCACUGAAACUUGUAAUUACAUGCUUCAAGUCUUGGUGACUCAUAAGAGGGUGGAGGAUAUGGCUACUGUUUUUGAUUUCAUGCAAAAGAAAAAGGUUAACCGAAGUUUGAACACUUAUCUAGCUAUUUUUAAAGGUCUUUAUAUAAGGGGUGGAAUUCGGCAAGCACCAACUGCACUUGAGAAGAUGAGAAAGGCUGGAUUCAUUCUGAAUGAGUAUUCAUAUAAUAAGUUGAUCUAUUUUCUUGUUCAGUCACAGUUUUGUAGGGAGGCUUUGGAUGUUUACAACAAAAUGGUCAUGAAAGGGAUGAAGCCCGCCUUGAGGACUUAUGCAGCACUUAUGACAGCAUUUGGAAAGCAACGGGAUACUCAGACUGUAAUGUGUUUGUUCGAAGAGAUUGGACAUUUGGGAUUGAGGCCUGAUAAUUAUAUAUUUACCAUAUGCAUAACAGUUCUUGGAAGGGCUGGGAAAAUUGAUGAAGCUUAUGAUAUAUUGAAGAGAAUGGACAAAGAAGGAUGCGAGCCAGAUGUUAUCACUUGUACCGUUCUCAUUGAUGCUCUCUGUAAUGCAGGUAAACUUGAUGAUGCAAAGUUGUUGCUUCUAAAGAUGAAAGCUAGCAAUAGUCACAAACCUAACCGUGUAACUUACAUUACCUUUUUGGACAAAUUAAGUGAUUGUGGAGACUUGGAAACUUUGAAAGAAAUUUGGGAUGAAAUGAAAGCUGAUGGUUAUGCUCUUGAUGUAGUUAUGUUCAACAUUCUUAUUGGCGCUUUAUGCAAAGCUGGCAAUGUUGAUGAAGCAUUUGAUACUCUAGUUGUCAUGAAGGAGAAAGGGAUCUCGCCUGAUCAUCAUACUUACAACACCUUGAUUGGGGGACUAUUAAGAGCAAGUAGAUUGGAUGAGGCUUUAAAAGUUUUCUGUAAUAUGGAGUCCCAAGGUCUCAUGCCUAACACAAUGACAUAUAAUAUAGUCAUUUCUGGUUUAGUGAAAUCAAAUGGAUUGGAUAAGGCUAUAGAUUUAUACUACGAUCAUGUAGGUCGUGAUUUUUUCCCAUGUCCACGCACAUACGGCCCACUCAUGGAUGGACUUUUUAGGUUAGGUAGACACGACGAAGCAAUGUUUUUCUUCGAGGAGAUGGCAGAAUAUGGAUGCAAACCUAACUCUGUGAUUUUUAAUAUUCUUAUGAAUGGGUUUGGGAAAACAGGAGAUGUGGAAAUUGUAUGUCAGUUGUUUGAAAGAAUGGUUAAAGAAGGAAUAAAACCAGACUUGAAGUCUUACACAGCCCUACUGGAAUUUUUAUGUUGUUCGGGAAAAACUGAUGAUGCUCUAUAUUACUUUGAGGAACUAAAGCAAACAGACCUUAGUCCUGAUUCAUUCUGUUAUAACCAUUUGAUUAACGCGCUUGGAAGAUCACAGAGGCUAAAAGAAGCUCUAUCUUUGUACACAGAAAUGCAGAGUAGAGGAAUUGUUCCUGAUAUUAGCACAUACAACAUUCUAAUACACUGUCUUGGGAUGGAGGGAUUGGUGGAACAAGCAGCGAGUUUAUACAAAGAAGUACAACGUAAAGGUCUUGAACCUGAUGUUUUCACCUACAAUGCUCUCAUUGAAGCCUACACCUUGGCAGGAAAUGCUGACCAUGCUUAUGCAAUUUAUGAGAAAAUGAUAGUUGAUGGCUGCGAGCCGAAUGAAAAAACGUUUGCAUACCUUCCUACUAAUUGCUAAGUAUAUUUCAGGGUUCAACACAACCACCAUAAGAGUAAAAUGUCUGCCUAAGAUCUUCAUUUACCAGGUUUACUUUAUGUACUGUAUAAUAAUACUGACUUUUAUUACAUGGUUAAUAGAUAAAUCAGAGCUUAUUUGUUCCAAAAUUUUAGGGUGGAUGAUCACACAAGACAGGCUGAGGCUUUUGCUAUGUUAUUUAAACACAUCAUUUCAACUUGUCCCAGAGUAUAUUCAG